AUGGCCGUCACAGCACCUGUACCAGGUCACAAGAAGAACAGACGGUACCGCCCUGGAACUGUUGCCUUGCGAGAGAUACGGAAGUAUCAGAAAAGCACUGAUCUUUUACUACGAAAAUUACCAUUCUCUCGUUUGGUUCGAGAGAUUGCGGAGAACAUGACGACAGACAUGAAUGACUAUGGUGAUUCGGGACUUCGGUGGCAAAGCUCUGCUCUCCUUGCUUUGCAAGAAGCGACCGAGGCAUAUCUCGUUCACUUGUUUGAGGAUGCAAAUCUGUGUGCGAUUCAUGCAAAACGCGUCACGAUCAUGACCCGGGAUAUUCAACUUGCUCGUCGUAUUCGUGGGCCAUGGGGUGGCUUAGCCUAA